AUGAAGGAGGGCAUGUCCACGUCCAACAACAGCACCACCAGCAUCUCCCAGGCCCGGCGAGCUGUGGAGCAGCUGAAGAUGGAGGCCUGCAUGGACCGGGUGAAGGUCUCCCAGGCAGCCGCUGACCUCCUGGCGUACUGCGAAGCGCAUGUGCGGGAAGACCCCCUCAUCAUCCCGGUGCCUGCGUCAGAGAACCCAUUCCGGGAGAAGAAGUUCUUCUGCACCAUCCUCUAA